AUGAAUACUCUUCCAACUAAAACGUCAAAAACGGUGAAUGAGAAUGCCGAAACUGUUCGAGACGCGAAAGGUACUGCAUCGUCCGUUCAGAUUAUGAACACCAGAUUGGCGCCUAUCUUCGCAAAGGUGAAAGAGAAAUCCAAACCUUUGGAAAGUGCUGGGAAGGCGAAGAAAAAGAAGGAUAAUACAGCUAAAAUCGAAAAGAAUAAGAAACAAAAAGUUGCAUCUAAGGCAUCUAAAGAACUGAAACCAAUAAAUGGAAAUUCAACGGAAGGUUCUAAGAAGGAUCGUCGAGUUGAAGCAAUAACGUGUGUGACAAUAUUAGAUGAUGACAGUGAUGAUGUUGUUAUGACGAAAGAAAAUAAUCUUGGUACUUCUCAAAAAAGGAAUACAAACAAAAAGGAUUAUGGUAGUCAUGGAAAAAUGAUCCCGUCCAGAUCAUCCACUUCGAAGAAAGUACAUAUUGAAAGGGUUGAUUACGCUCCGUUCUCAUCGUUUGGUCAUAUUGGUUUGGUUUCUGAUGCUGAGAGCAGCGACGUUCCCCGAGCAGCGCCAUAUCUGAGGUUGCAGAAACGCUCUUCCGCGUUCGUUCAUUCAGAACUGAGGAGGCCAUUAACGUUCGGUGAUUCACGAGAUUGGUUUGCCGAGAGA